CUUUAAAGGGAAGUUUGUGGGUUAUCCGGGAAACUACACUUAUAUGUUUGGAAAGUGGAGCAAGCUGAGAAAUGAAGAGUGUGCCCCUGGGGGCUGUCUGAUUGAGCUAACCACACAGCUGCUUAUCGUCAUGGCUGGAAAACAAAUGGUUGGGAACGUCCAAGAGGCUCUGCUGCCACUUCUCAGAAACUGGUGGGGCAGCAGGAAAGGGCGAAGUCAUCCAGAAAGUACAUACAGUAGAUGGGAGCAGGACCACGAUCUACAGAACUUCAGCCAGUUUGGACUCUUCUAUGAGUAUCUGGAGAUGG